AUGAAGCUCUUGCGGAUAUGUGAAUUUCUAUUAAUCUUCACAACUGUCUUCCUCAAGAUUUCAAUUAGUCUGUUUUUAAAAAGACUUUUCCUCACAAGCAAGAAAUGGAGGAUUUUCUUCUGGUGCUUUAUCGCCUUCAACACCAUCACCAGCGUACUCGAUGCCGCCGUUAUAUUUCCGCAAUGCACCCCCGUGGAACGUAAUUGGGAUAAGUCGGUGGAAGGACACUGUUGGUCGGCUAAUGCGAUCGAUGCAAUUGGAAUCGCCCAAGGAGCGAUUGCUGCAUCAACGGAUUUUGCUUUGUCCAUUCUGCCAAUUGUUUUUCUAUGGAACAUUAAACUCCCGAAAAGAGUGAAAGUGGGCAUAUGCGGGAUUAUGGCAUUAGGCUUCGCGAGCGGCGGUUUCGCAAUUGCUCGCACAGCCCUUGUUCCUAGUUUGAUGACAACGGAAGAUCCAACUUGGGACCUGGUUGACCUAUUCAUGUGGGCAGUACUGGAAGCGACAUUUGGGAUUAUCGCUGCCGCCGCCCCAUCUGUCCGACCACUCCUCGGUCAUAACUCCGUGACUACAAACUAUUAUUCUCGUGACAAAUCGCAUUCUCUACCGCUCCGGACCACGCGCACCGGGCGAACCUCGCGAAUCGAGUGGGGGCAUACUGUAUUUGAUACUAGAAACGAGCCAGACGAGAGAGAUGACUAUGGCGGGGACAGCGAGUCUCAACUUCGUCUAGAUGACCGGGGUAUCAUGAAAACCACCUCCAUUGAGGUGGUCACCACACUAGGGCAUACUGUGGAGAGUGACCUAGAUGCGAGACCAACUUCGGAGGAGAGUGCCGAAAGGAGAUACGUCUAG